CUCUCACACGUGUUGUCAUUCGCUUGCAAGUCUCAGGCAGCCAUUCAAAAUGGCAGAAAGUGGAUCAAUUCCAGUGGUGGGCGAGAAAAGACCAGUGGCUGAAGACAAUGAAUCUGAUGUUGUCAUUAAGAAACAAAGAACUGAAAAGAGUGUGUCUGACACUGCACCAAAAGAAACAGUACAGAAUGCUGAACAGAAUAAAAGAAAAGCAAAAAGAAAAGUUGUAUUAUUACUCUCUUACAGUGGUAAAGGCUAUAUGGGAAUGCAAAGGAAUAAAGGAGUAGAGACAAUAGAGGGAGACUUGAUUAAAGCUAUAGUAACAGCGGGAGCGGUUCCACAAAGUCAUGCUGAUAUACCACAAAAGAUGCAAUUCCAACGAUGUGCAAGAACUGAUAAAGGAGUUUCUGCCGUCCGUCAAGUUGUAUCACUCAAAAUGAUGCUGGUAGACAAUGCAGUGGAACAAAUAAAUAACAGUUUACCGCCUUCCAUUCGAGUGAUAACUUAUAAGCGUACCACUGGAGGUUUCAAUGCCAAGAAUACUUGUAGCCACAGAACGUACUCGUACCUUAUGCCAACGUUCGCAUUGUCAUCUAAUUGCAACGAAAACUACCGAGUUACAGAUGAAGUGCAUCAAAAAGCUCAGGAUCUUUUGAAUUGCUACAAAGGAACACACAACUUUCAUAAUUUCACAUCCGGAAAAGCCUUUACAGAACAGAGUGCCAUGAGGUUUAUGAGGGAGUUAAAUGUCAGCCAGGCAUUUGUCCGAUGUGGUUUAGAGUUUGUUGUUAUAACCAUCAUUGGACAAAGUUUUAUGAUUCAUCAAAUAAGAAAGAUGAUUGGUCUAGUAAUAGCCAUUAUUAGGGGAGUAGCGCCCAAAUCAACUCUUGACAAAUGCUGGGAAGCAGGAAAGAUGGACAUUCCGAAGGCGCCGUCCUUGGGGCUCAUGCUGGAAAAUGUUCACUUUGAUGGCUACAAUAAGAGAUAUGGUAAUGAUGGUAUUCAUGAAGCAUUAACUUGGGAGCAGUAUGAGGAAACAAUUGGGAAGUUUAAAGAAGAACAUAUUUACCCAUCUAUAAUUGAAACAGAAAUCAAAGAGAAAUCUAUGAUGAAAUGGUUGACAUCAUUACCACUACAUACAUAUGAUACAAGAGACAAGGAUUCUUACAGGGCAGCACAUCUUAAUAUAAACACUCACCAACAGAGUGAAAAAACAGCUGAGAUGGGAGAAAAAGAGGAAGUAUAUUUGCAGAAAGAGACAAGCCCAUCAAUACAUGCUAAGAAUGAAGAAAGUGUCUCAGUUGAGGAGAACAAGGUGAAAAAUGAGGGUAAUAGUGAUAAAGUACAUGUAAAUCAGAAAACUGACUGUACAUCAUCAGAUGAAAACACAAACCUUCAGGAUAAAGAUGGUUCAAAUUCAGAGCACUCUGUUGUGUGUACUGAAAACAACAAAUCAACUGACAACACUGUGUUAACAGAAGCAGGUACAGCGGAAGGAAUACCACAAUGAUAACUUUUUUUAAAAAUUAAAAAUUUUGGAGAGUUUUUUUUAUGGUUCGUCAUUUUCUACUCAUAAUUUUUGCUUCUACACAGUAAGCAUGAGUAAGAUGGAAUUAAUUUUCAAAAUGGUAAUCAACUUUUGCUUCUAAUUAUUUAUACAAAUAAUCUAAGAAUAUUUUUCCCGCCCCCACCCCAGUCAUGUUUCAAUCACAAAGUGUUUCCAUGGAAACAAUCAUGACAAAUAUCUCAAAUACAAGUAACCUGCAUACAUUAGACAUUAUGAGUGAUGCACGUCACUUGUUUUUUAGGUCAGUUUUCAUUUUAAUGAAUGCAGUUGCAAAGCAAUAACUCUGACCUUCCAUGAACAAUCAUGUUCAAAAUUUACAGUAUUUGGAACUCCCAUUUCCUAAUAUGGUAGAAUGAUAAUACCCAGUGCAAUACUGCAAAAUUACAGCACGCUGUAACUUAUGGCGUUAUGAUGACAGAUGUAUAAUAAUAUUCAAUGCGGCCAAAUGGUGAACAAUCUAGUAUUGAAAAUUCAUCAAAAUAAAGCAUUUCUGCAAUUCAGGAUCUUGUCGUGCAUGGACAGAUUUUGUUCUACAUUAAUAUGUAAAUUUAACAUGGGAUAUUAUGCAUGUCAUUUUGUUUUACAGAUUGUAUUCAAAAUGGCUGAUAUAGUCCCCAUUAGUUAUCAAGUUUACGAAAUAUAUAUAGAUCAAUAUCUCUGGCAUGUUCUAACUGUUCAACUUUAUAUAUUUUGUAAAUUUGAUGACUAAUGGAAAUAUGUAGUAUGUCCUCUAAAAUUGUCAUCUUAUGUUGAUUACAUAUAGGGAGUCUGUGUGCCAAGUUUGAAGUUCCUGGCUAUUUCCCUUCUGUAGUAAUAUACAAAAUCGCAUAGGGAACUUCUGUGCAAAUUUUGACAGUACUGGCCAUUGAUAUUAUUUAGUUGAACAUAUAAACACAAGCUGUGACCCUAACCUUUUGUUUCUAAAAGGUUGCUGUGCUUUUUUUUGUGAUUUAAUAGUGUUACAUAAAUAUCCACCCUCUUACCUUGCUGAACCAAAAUAUGUUAUUUUAAAUUGUCAAUUUGCAUAAUUUACCAACUUAUGGUUUCAAAUAAAAUUUAAU